GGAAGAGCGAAUGUGGCAGCAGGAUACUGAAAGAAAAUGAGAAACAACGCCCGCGCCAGGAUGGAAGGUUCGGCGGGACCGGGUCACAAGGCGAACGGGCCCAUUGAACCGCCCGCCAACGUCGUGAGUCCACCAAUGGCCCCGGAUGAGCUGGACGAUGAGCCUCAGUCGUCUUUGACGGAUGUUACCCAAAUGUGGAUUAAAUUUGCCAAGACUUUUGCCAUCAUCUUCCCUAUCUAUAUCUUGGGAUACUUUGAGUUCAGCUUCAGUUGGGUUCUUAUCGGACUCGCCAUGUUGUUCUAUUGGAGGAAGAACCACGGCCACAAGGACUACAGGAUAAACCGUGCCUUAGCGUUCCUGGACCAUGAGGAUAAAACUGCGAGGCAAAGCGUGCAGACUUCUGAGCUGCCUCCAUGGAUGUUAAAGCGACCGAAGCUGAAAUGGUUUACUCUGUCAUCAGGCUGACAUGGAAAC